UAGAGCAGGAGACAAACGCGGAGAGGGGACGCAGACGAAGGGGAUUACUCAUUGUAAGAACGCUGCGUUCAGCUUUCGCUAUUGUCAGGCAGAAAUGGCUUUCCAGCCGCGGAGUAUUUAGUAAAGCAGAUUGUUUCCUUACACCCCGCGGUGGGUUCUUGUGACAGCUGACGGCGACAAGCUGCUUGGGGACGACGGGAUCUCGCAGGUGACUGAAGAUGUGGCACCUGGCGAGGAGCAAAGACACACUUGGAUCACGGCGACCUGACAUGAGGACGUGUGCGUAAACAUGGGGCGCGCAGAAGCCAGACGGAGGAUGCGGCUGGUUCUGGCUGCCGCAACUCUUCUGAGUUCUCUGUCAGGUGUGAGCAGCUCCCAAGGUCCAGAACAAGCGCACCGCCGCCCGAAGAGAGGCUGGAUCUGGAAGCAACUGCUGGUCCCAGAGGAGGACCCCACUCUCCGCGUCAUCGGCCAGCUCAAGUCCGACUCCGAUCGAGGCCAGGGCACCAUCAAGUACAUCCUGUCAGGAGAGGGCGCCGGCGACACGUUUCAGAUUGACGAGUACUCUGGAGAGAUCCGAACGCUGAAGAAGCUGGACCGAGAGGAGAAGGCCUUCUACGUUCUUCAGGCUCAAGCCAUCAACCGCAGGACCAAUGAACCCGAAGAGCCUCAGUCCGAGUUCAUCAUCAAGGUGCAGGACAUCAACGACAACGUGCCGCAGUUCCUCAAUGAGCCGUACGUCUCCAGCAUCCCGGAGAUGUGCAAGAUCGGGACGACCGUGGCACAGGUGACUGCCACCGACGCAGAUGAUCCCAUGUUUGGAAACCAUGCCAAGCUGAUCUACUCCGUCCUCCAGGGGGACCCCUACUUCUCUGUGGAGCCAAAAACCGGCAUCAUCGUAACGUCGUGGCCAAACAUGGACCGCGAGGCGAAGGAGCAGUACCUGGUGGUGGUCCAGGUGAAAGACAUGCUAGGACUGAGCGGCGGCUACUCGUCCUCCACCACAGUCACCGUCACCUUGACUGACGUCAACGACAACGGACCCACUUUCCAGCACCACUUGUACACCUUCGCUGUCCCUGAAAACGCACCGCUGGGCACCACGGUGGGCCGGAUUAUGGCGGACGACAAUGACAUCGGCAUCAACGCCAAAAUGACCUACAGUCUGGAGGACGACCUGGAGGAAAGCUCCACUUUCAUCAUCCAAACAGACCCGGCGACACAGGAGGGGGUGAUUGUGCUGGCCAAGCCUUUGGACUUUGAAACCAAGCGACGCUUCGUCAUGGCUGCCGAGGCGUUCAACGACCACAUCGACACCCGCUACCUCCCACUGGAUGAGUUCAGGGACAGGACGACCUUGAAAAUAGUCGUGGAUGACGUCGACGAGCCGCCGGUUUUCCUGUCGGAGCUCUACGAGUGGAAAGUUCCGGAGAACGCGGCAGUGGGAACUCUGGUCGGCACAGUGAGUGCCAGAGACACUGACACAGUCAACAGUGCCAUCAGGUAUUCGCUUGACAAAAGGAGCGACAACGCCAAACCUUUUAGAAUAGACCCAAUCAACGGGACAGUGACAGUCGCUAAAGCGCUGGACCGUGAGGCGACAAACUGGCACAACGUGACUGUUGAAGCUCAAGAAACAACGCCAAACCAUUUAUCCUCGUCUGUGGUGGCGUUCAUCAAAGUGCUGGACAUAAACGACAAUGUGCCGCGGCUCGCGAGAGAUUACCAGCCGUAUAUCUGCGAGGGAGCGCAGGCGGGAGAGCUCAUUCAGAUGCUCAGCGCCGUGGAUCCCGACGACCCGGUAGAAGGACACCACUUCUACUUCUCGAUGGUCCCGGAGAAGCAGAUCAAUCCCAACUUUACUAUUCGAGAUAAUCAAGACAACACCGCAAGCAUCGUGGCUCGCAGGAGCACUUUCACCCGAAAGGACAGAACCCAGUACCAUCUGCCGGUGGUGGUGACCGACAGUGGCUCGCCCCCUCUGUCCAGCACCAGCACCCUGACUGUGCGCGUGUGCAGCUGCCAGCCUGCCGGUCACUGCCCUGCUGGAGGGGUGGAGGCGCUCUCUCUGUCCAUGGGGGUCAGUCUGCAGACCCUGCUUGGGCUGCUGGUCUGCCUGGUGACCGUAACAGCGCUGUCAGUCGUGAUGCUGAUGCUCAGACGACGCCGGCGGAAACAGCAGGAGGGAGCGGAGGUGGAGGUGGAGCUGCCGGAGACGGUGUCACAAAAGGUGCUGUACUACGGGGAGGAGAGGAGAGGCGGGGCGGGGGGGAACCAGGGCUCCUGCCAGCCUGCCGUCCCGCUUCGCCCACACCCGCGCAGGCGAGAGAGGAGGCUCCGACGCGAGGACAUCCGCGCCAGCAUACGCAUGUCCAUGAGGGAGUCUCACCUGAUCGGGCCGGAGGACGAGGUCUUCCGGCAGUUCAUCCUGGAGCGGCUGGCUGAGGCGGACGAAGACCCCUACGUGCCCCCGUUUGACUGCCUCAGGACCUACGCUUAUGAGGGGUCAGGGUCUCCAGCUGGAUCUCUGAGCUCCCUGGAGUCUUACAACUCGGACUGCGAGACGGUGACGCUUCCGAGGCCGAACUUGGUCAGACUCACGCCGUGGUACGGAAACGAGGAGGACACCACAUUCUGAGGGUGAAACUCUUCUCUCUUUGAACGUUACGAUUCCUUUUCGGAAGACGUGAAGCCAAAGCCCCAGAACUCUCUGUCUGCACUCUCACCAUAAGAGGGGAAUAUAAAGCUGAAACGGGAGCCAAAGUGCUUUGGGACCUUCUUCUGUUUUGUGUUUUGUUCUUCCCACAGCCAGGUGUUACUGACAUGUGACUCAUUUUACUCCACAAACCUAUUUGGGAAAAGCUUGUAUAUCACCCAGACCGUGAACAAUUUACGAGAUUUAUAUGGACGAACUUCAGUUUGAGGUUUUUUCCAAUUUAUAUUGUCAGUAAAGUCGACAGUUGGAAGCACCAGGCUGUUUUUUUUUCCCCUGAGAAUAAGCUAUUUUUACCAUCCGAUUCUCCUGGUUCACAUGUUUGUGAUGUUUUUCUUCCAAUACUUGUUUGUAUCAGUUUGAAUGCGCUUUGCAGUCCAUUAAGCUUUUCAUUGAUUUCCUCUUUUAGCAAAGCUUGUGCUCCAUGAGGGAGUCAUUAAAAGAUGAUCUGAUAAU